CUCGCCCAGCGUUAGGCCUUUGCAGUAGGGAGUUGUUGUUUGGCGGAUCCCGCAAGUUUUUCCUUUACUUUUCGCGUUAUUUUUGCUCCUCCAGAGAAGGGCAAAUUGAUUUUUUCCAGCACACGUCGUCGCCUUAUUUACUCGGUUUGUCGACGGACCUUACAAACAAAGUGUUUUGGGCGUGGUACACAGGUACAGGGCCAAAGAAAGAAGGAAGGAAGGAAGGAAGGAAGGUAUCGAGCUGAUGAUGCCGACGUUGCGGGACAGCACCAUGUCCCACCCCGGCGAGAAUUCACACCAAGUCCGGGUCAAAGCCUAUUAUAAAGGGGACAUCAUGAUCACACAUUUUGAGCCGUCCAUCUCGUACGAGGGCCUGUACGGGGAGGUGAGGGACAUGUGCUCCAUGGACAACGACCAGCUCUUUACGAUGAAGUGGAUCGACGAGGAAGGUGACCCCUGCACAGUGUCGUCUCAGCUGGAAUUGGAAGAAGCUCUGCGCCUCUAUGAACUCAACAAAGACUCGGAGCUCAUUAUCCACGUGUUCCCAUGUGUACCAGAGAAGCCUGGCAUGCCAUGUCCCGGAGAAGACAAGUCGAUAUAUCGGCGCGGAGCGCGGCGCUGGAGGAAGCUUUACUACGCCAGCGGUCACGCCUUUCAGGCCAAACGCUUCAACAGGCGAGCCCACUGUGCCAUCUGUACGGACCGAAUCUGGGGUCUGGGAAGACAAGGCUACAAAUGCAUCAACUGCAAACUGCUGGUACACAAAAAGUGUCAUAAAAUGGUCACGGUGGAGUGCGGCAGGCCGAUGAUCCAGGAACCAAUCCCAGGCCCACCGUCAAGUCAGUUAGACCCGUCUGAACCACCAGGCCCCCAGAAUAAAGACUCCAGGGAAAGCUUGACUUACGACGGAGAGGAGAAAGAGGCGCGGAGCAGAGACACGGGGAAGUCGCCCUCCAGCCUCGGCCUGGCUGACUUCGACCUGCUCAGGGUGAUCGGCAGAGGCAGCUACGCCAAGGUGCUGCUGGUGCAGCUGAAGAAGACCGAGCGCAUCUACGCCAUGAAAGUUGUCAAGAAGGAGCUGGUUAAUGACGAUGAGGACAUCGACUGGGUCCAAACAGAAAAACACGUCUUCGAGCAGGCCUCUAAUCAUCCCUUCCUGGUCGGCCUUCACUCCUGUUUCCAGACGGAAAGCAGACUCUUCUUUGUUAUUGAAUAUGUAAACGGUGGAGAUCUGAUGUUCCACAUGCAAAGACAAAGGAAACUGCCAGAAGAACACGCCAGAUUCUACUCGGCGGAGAUCAGCCUGGCGCUCAAUUACCUGCACGAGAGGGGGAUCAUCUACAGAGACCUGAAGCUGGACAACGUGCUGCUGGACUCUGAGGGACACAUAAAACUAACAGACUACGGCAUGUGCAAGGAGGGUUUGAGACCAGGCGAUACGACGAGCACUUUCUGCGGCACCCCCAAUUACAUCGCCCCUGAAAUACUCCGAGGAGAGGAUUAUGGGUUCAGUGUGGACUGGUGGGCGCUCGGCGUCCUGAUGUUUGAGAUGAUGGCGGGCCGGUCGCCCUUCGACAUCGUCGGCAGCUCCGACAACCCCGACCAGAACACAGAAGACUACCUCUUCCAAGUAAUAUUGGAAAAACAGAUCCGAAUCCCGCGCUCGUUGUCAGUCAAAGCUGCCAGCGUCCUCAAGGGAUUCCUCAACAAGGAUCCUAAGGAACGUCUGGGCUGCCACCCUCAGACAGGCUUUGCCGACAUCAUGGGCCAUCCGUUCUUCAGAAACGUCGACUGGGACCUUCUGGAGCAGAAGCAGGUGGUCCCUCCGUUCAAGCCCAACAUCUCAGGGGAAUUCGGACUGGACAACUUCGACGCCCAGUUCACCAACGAGCCCAUCCAACUGACGCCCGACGACGAGGACGUGGUCAAGAAGAUCGACCAGUCCGAGUUCGAAGGGUUCGAGUACAUCAACCCUCUGCUGAUGUCGGCGGAGGAGUGUGUGUGAGGGACGUUUUUUUUUUUUUUUUGGCUCACGCGCACCACAUGCACACACACAAACACACAAACACACACACACACACACACACAAAACGCUCCAACUCACACAGUCAUGCACGUGUUUACGUGGCGUCUCGGUGCUGCAUGGUUACGAGACAACUCGACGACAUCUACCUUCCGUUUGAGGGCCGCACAUGCGCAGUAGAACGCUUAUUUGCCAAAACCAGUCUCACACUCUGCCAUUUAUAACCACUUGCCCUUAAGCCUACCUUCUUUCUUAAUUAUUUUUAUAUCAUGUAAAUCUGCACUGAUACCAAUUCUCUCAUCGGGGCCUCUUUACCGGUAGCCGACCAGGGCUACAGAGUUCUUCCAAGGAGGGGUGGGAGUGGGUUGGGGCGAGGCGUUGACCCCCCUGACAGAUGAACUGAGAAUCCUCUCCUUCCAGCUGGUGGGGUGUUUUCAAUGCAUAUUUUAUUUGUAUAUAAACUAUUGAGGAUAAAUGUUAGAAAAAAAAGCCUUUUUAGCUUCAAGCCGCAGUCGGACAAAACUGGCAUCUUGGUCAUUUUUUUUUUUUUUUUUUUUUCUUUUGGGAUUAGCUUUGUCUGUAGAGAAAAGAAUCCUAACACUAGCCUUUUAAGAAAAAAAAUAAAAAAUAAAAAAAAGAAAGAAAGAAAAAGAUAAAAAUCUAUAUAUUUUCUCAUGUUUUAUUUAACUAUAUAAUAUCUGUCAUUAAAGUGUUAAAUGUCCAGCCUGGGUAAACGGGGGCCAGAUGAAAACUCAACAUCUGGAAAAAAUAAAGAGUCUGCUUCGCGUCCCUUCUCCCAGAAUGAAGGAACCCCACUAGCAGUAUGACACUAAUAAUGAGUUAACGCUCUCAAACUGUGAAUGAAAGAGCUCGCUAUACCGGGAAAUGGGCUGGAAGAAUAGCACACGAUGCCACGAACGCUGGGGCACAGGUCUAAUUUCACUGUGCAAGACCAUCCAUGAAAUACACUUUCACACAGGACCAAAAAAACAUUUUUCUGAAAAAUGUCUUGCUGGUACGUAUUAGAAAGGUACAGUAUGUGUAAGGAAGAUGUGCUUUCCCAAGUCAUAGAAUUUAUAUAUUCAUAUUUUUUUUCUUUGCUCAUUUUUUAAAUACUUUGCCUUUCUGAAACGUAUGUUGUUAUAUAUUUUUUUUUCUCUUUUUGUAUUUCUUCCAUUCCACCGCAAUCCUUUAUUUGCUCAAAGUGACUGUUGAAACAAGAGCUCAGUUACAAGUCCCGAAAAACCUCACGACACAGUGCAGUUUGAUCCUGAAAUGUGGUUUUUAAAACUGUGAUCUGUAUCUGCUGUGCUCAACCUUUUCUUUUUUUUUUCCUCCUCCUCCUCGUAUGUAUCCCACGGCUACUUUUCAUAAUUUUAUAAAACUGCUUUAAAGCUUGUAAAAGCCCCGAGGACUCACUCUGACUGUAGCGACACUAAGUGAUGGUGCAUGAAGUCGAAGCGUCUCUCUCUACUUGGAACAUGUACUCACCUGGUGACCAGAGGAAAACAUUCAUCUGUUACACUUAUUACUUUUGCUUUAAUGUUUUUUUUUUUUUUUUUCUGUGAAUAAUCAAAUUUAAUUUAGAUUUUUUUUUUCUUUUUUUAUUUUAACACUAAAUUGAUUCCAAAAUGUUACUAGGUGAACCCAAUGAAAACACUAUUUGUCGUAUUUGUUGUGUUUUGGGGAUGUUUACCAUCCGCAGGACUCUGGUGAACUUUAUAUUAGUGUUCAAAGAAAAGAAAAGUUAAAAAAAAAAAAAAAACACAGACGGUAAAAUAAACAUUUUAUUUCUCUCCUUGUGGUAAUA